GAGAGGAGAGAGUUUGAGUGACUGUCACGUCUUUUCUGGGACGAGGCGGGUGUGGGAGACAGUGGGAUAGAGAGAGGGAGAGGGGGAGUGAGAGUGUAAUAGAGAGAGGGAGAGAGAGAGGAAGAGGAGACCAUGAGUUCCUACUUCGUGAACUCUCUCGCCGCCUGCUACGGGCCUGGGUCGGCAGCAGGACUUGACCCCUGCGCCGACGGACUCACAGGAUACGACCGCAACCCCUACCACCACCACCACCAUCACCAAAGCCACCACCACCACCACCCGCACCACCACCACCAACAGCAGCAACAACAACAGCAACAACAGCAACAGCACCACAGCCCGGGAGGUGCAGGAGGUGGUGGAGUCUACUCUCCGUCGCCGUUCGCCACUUCGAGGUACCCUGGCUACCACCACCCGCGCCUCACCCCGGACUCGCGCUAUGGUGACAUUGCUGGAGACUUCUACAACGCUCCUAGACUCACCCACCUCCCCCCUGCCUCCCCUAGCCCGCCCCCCAUCCACCACACGCUCACGGCUGCUCAAGGAGGGUCGGCCUCUUCUCCUUCCUCCUCUCCGCACUCCUUCGUGGAUAGAAAAAUCCCUCCCUCCUGCAUCGACGUACGCCCUAACGGACCUCUCUCCGGGGCGGUCCCUGCUGCCUCCUCCUCCUCCUCAUCCUCCUCAUCUCCGACGUCAUCGUCGUUACAAAAUCUGACCAACAACAACAACAACAACAACAACAGCAACAACAGCGGGAAUAGCGGCGGUGCUGUUGUCGCGGAUUCAAACAGCAACAGCAAGACAAACUGUUCCGCCAACAGCCCUGGAGGCAAUAACAACAACAACAACAACAACACUCACAACAACAACAACAACAGCAACAGUAGCACGUGUAACGGCGGUUACUAUGGCAACCCGCCAGUAAACAACUUCCUGGAAGACAACAAAUCGUGCGAGUCGCCUCCCCUAAGCCAGCGACAGAAGCUCCCCCAACCCGCGCACCAACAACCCGGCGCCCCACCCUCCCCGCCCUCUCCGCCGCCGACAAAACCUCCACCACCACAACAACAACAGCAACAGCAACAACAAAACCGACAGGGCGAGACAAGCGGGGCUGGAUCCCCCACGAGUCAGUCCGACCAGGGCCCCUUCCCGCCGCCCCAGAUAUACCCCUGGAUGCGCAGGAUGCAGUACAGUGCCGGUGAGUCUGAUCAACAUUCCGGAUGUAGUUUGUAGCUUUCUUUUUUGGUAAGAGUUUUACGGUCUUUGCAACACAGUUAGGUCAUGUAAGUGCCGGAGAUUAAAAGUAUUGAUAGAGAGUAACACUGGCGCUCAUAUGACCUUAUGCAGUUGCGAGCACCGUAACUACUCCACU